AUGUACUUCACCGAAUCUGCCCAGUGGAAAGCUUACCAAUUCUCAGACCCCUUCAGUCUGAACCUGUUCUGUGUGUGCAACAAGAUGUCGCUGGUGUUCUGCCGCCCCGACUGCGACGCCCGCCCCAUCACCACCCUCAAACUGGAGGUCAAGUUUGUCCCCAGCGCCCAGGAAGCGCUCUCGCUCGGGUUCCACCCCUGCGAGCUGUGCGACCCUGUCAACGCCCCCGUCGUCGACGUUGGCCUUUUGAUCAAGUGCGUGGCGCUGAUCAACGACCAGUUGGGCUUUUGCCCUCCCUUGUUGGACGACAAUGAGGAGCGCAACAAUCAGCAGAUUAAGCGCACCAUUUUGGAGGGCGCCCGCGCCCACGGCGGCGAGGUCAAGCGCCGCAUGCUGAUGCUGCUGUACGGCGACCGCGACUUGGAGCUGACGCUGUUACUGAAGAACGACCUGGACCACUACCGCCUCGUCGACUUGGCCUGCCGCCACUUGGCGCUCGCGGCGGCGAUGAACUACUUCCACAUUCCCCUGCCGCGGCCGCUGCCGGCGCUGCCCGACGACGGCAAGGACGGGCGCAAGCGCCGCCGCCGCGGCGGUGUCCUUGGGUUCAAAGAGCUCGCUGCCAAGCUGAAGCUUUCGGCGUGGCACUUCCACCGCGUGUUUAAGUCCGUCACCGGCUUAACCCCCAAGACUUAUGGCGAUAAGUGCUGGGAUUUCUUCAAGAACUACCGCGCCGACGAGCUGUCGCCCGUCCCCUCGCGGAUGGCGCCGAUCGCGGCGCCCCCCUUGUACGACGUCGACUCGGUGUCGGCGCUGCCGGAACUGCCCCGCAAGCGGGUCAAGCUUGAACCCCACCCGAUGCACUUGGCGCAGCCGCUGAUGGUGUUUGGCCAGGUCGACGGCGCCAUGUUGUUUGCCGCCCCCGAGAUGCCGGCGCCGCUGGCGCUGCUGGCGCUGUUGGCGCUGCUGACGGCGCUGAUCCCGGCGCCGGAGCCCUCGGAUCUCGACCACAUGGCGCUGUACCAGUUCCCCACCCUGCGCCACUUUGACCUCAACUUGCUGGAUAACCUCAUGUUGUUCCCGCUGGAACACCUGCGCCUGGCGCUGAUGCCCGAGGCCGACACCCAGGCGGCGUUGGACCUGCUGCCGAUGAUGGCGAUGGCGGCGCCCCCGCAGCCGAUGGGCGACUUGCCCUCGGUACAGGUGCCCCUCAUGGACGAGUUCCUGAUGGACAUGUUCUCGUUGGACCCCGUGCUGAUGGAGGUGCCCGACCUCGACGAUUUCAACCCCAACAUCGCCAUGGGGUUCCCGGAAUUGACUACUUUUACUUCAUAA